AUGGCGAGGAAGAAUGCUCAGGAAUCUUACCAGAGAGUUCAGGAGGCUAAGGCAAAAUCUCGGGCCAGGGCCAGUGGUGCCAGGGCAAUCGUCUCUCCUCCUCCUCCUCCUCCUCCUCCUCAGAACGUGGGGACUCCCUCUCAGCCCAUUGUGAUUUCUUCUUCCAGCUUGUCCCGACCACUUCCUUCUGCCCGACUUCUUUCUGAGCCAGAGAAGAAGAAGCUCGUUAUUGAUGGUGCUAUCGUGGAUCCUCCUGUCCCCGUGGUUGUUUCCGAGUCAGAACUGAAGACUCGGGGGCAGAGGAUUAUUGAGUCCCCUCCUCGUCCUGAAGAUGCUCCGAGCUCUUCAGUUGUUCCUCCGACCUCCUCUUCAGCCUCUCUUCCUGGUCCCGGUGGCACUCCUCCUGAGUCUGGUGGUGGUGAUCCUUCUACUCCUCUGAAAAAAUGA